CACAUUGUGCACUUUGAGAAAGCCUUGUUUGUGAUGUGACGGUAUGAUCUACUCACUCUCAAAAGAAAUGUUGAGAAAAUCCGAUGAACAACAUAUGAAGGGAUCAUUGGAGAGUUGUUGGAUCCUGUUGAGCUACUCGUUUCGUGUCUGGUAUUCCUCACCGAGGCGACCUUUUCGACAAUACCGAAUAAUGUGUACAACUGUCAAUACUUUUCCAGAGAAGGAAAGAGAACAAGGUUUGGUAAAGCAAGCGCUUUGUGGUAUCACAGAACAAGUACAGCGAAUCUGUGUUCAGUGUGGUAGAGGAAACGAUAUUCCUAGAUUAGUUGCAGUUUCAAAGACAAAACCCCCUUCCUUGAUUAUGGAAGCUUAUGAUGCCGGACACAGACAUUUUGGAGAAAACUAUGUUCAAGAGUUGGUCGAGAAAGCUGCAGCGUUACCAAAAGAUAUUCGAUGGCACUUUAUUGGACACUUGCAGUCAAAUAAAGUAAAACGUUUGCUAGAAAUUGACAACCUUUGGAUUGUAGAAACAGUGGAUAGGGCAGAAGUUGCCGAUGCGCUGGAAAGACAGUGUGUGAAAGUAGGUCGUUCCUCCUUCAACAUCUACUUACAAGUGAACACUAGCAAUGAAGAGACCAAGUCCGGGUGUUCUGCUAUUCAAGUAGUUGAUUUGGCUAGACAUAUUCUCGAAACUUGUCCUCACUUUGGUUCAAGAUUUUGAAACACUAAAAUCUUGUCGUGAUA